CACAUUGAAUUAAUUAAAAAAUUAUGUAUUUGUAUUGCAGGCUCGCUUCAGAAAACAAUUCAGCCAUAGCUAACUUGGAUUAUACACCAUUGUUUGCGAAUAAUGUCAUAUCUAUCUCUCCUUCUGAUGGAGUACAAAAAUCCAUCCCUGUCAACAUUAUAAAUGAUGGGCUAUUUGAAAGCGAAGAAAACUUUAGACUUCGGUUAUCUAGUUCUGAUGCCUCAGUAACAGUAACUACGCCUAAUCUGGCGAAUGUUUUUAUUAUUGACGAAGAUGGUAAGAUAUAUGCAUGUAAUGUAUUUAACGUAAAUCGUAAGCUCCAUCUCAAAUCCCACCGCACAAUCCCGAGUUCCAUAGCACUUUUUCCAAUGCUUCACCACGACGAUUCCGACAACAUUGACAAUUUCCCGACGGGUCUCAACGAUAGGGGGGCAUGCCCCCCCGGCCACGGCGCCACUUCAUGUUUUCCUUCUGGAAAGGACUUGCCUAUCUUUUUCGGUUUGUCAAAUUAGUGACUGGGAAAAUGGGAAUGAACUCCACCCUUUCCCUCUCCCCUUUUGAAAUUCACAACAACGAAAAUCCCCCUUGCUGACUUGCUGAAAAAAUCGUAUUAUAUUGAUAUAGCAUGUAAUUUGAAUCCAGGGUCUAGGGUGUCUGAAUAAAUAUAUCAUGCCGUUUCGUACCUGACAGAGUAGAACUUACUUUUGUGUAAGUGGAUAAAUAGCAUAGAAAUAUUAAACCUUUUAUAUCUGAAAUAUUUCUAUUGUUUAUGUGAUAAAUAGCCACCCCUUCCGCCAUCUAGAUAAGCCUUGCCAAUAUGGCUUCUCCCCAAACUUGCUUGAAAUAAAAAAAGUGGAUAAUAAAUUUAGGUGUAUAAGUAUAUAAUAUAAACAAAAUUCAGUUGGUUUUAAGAUGAUUUUGUAAUGAAAUCAAAAUAUCACUUUUUGCUUUACUUUUCGUAGUCAUGUUACAUUGUAAACUAUUAGUAUUAGAAAUAUUUCAUUAACUGUUCCAGAUGCUGUUGUUAGUUUCCAACAAGAUGUUUACUGGACCACUGAAGACAGUGGAAGUGUUCAAAUCUGUGUUGUAGCUUCAAUUGUACUUGCUGAUAAUAUUGUAGUAACGUAUGUACAUUUAUUUUGAACAUGUGGUAAUCCAGUAUGUAUACAGAGUUAGGUAGAGAUAACAGGAUGAGACUGCUAGGUAAGAUAUCGAAACUUCUACGUUUCAAGCGAAGGCCUUCUCAUUGCUCAAAAAUUUUGCACAUUUUUGCCUCCUAUUUUCAUGCACAAUAUUAAUGCAGUGAAAGCCCGCUCUGACAAACUCGCUUAUCUUGAACUCGAACAUAAACGCACUAGCUCGAACAUAAACCCAUUUCCUGUGUAUAUUCCCAUACUACUUCAACCAUUUUUCACUCGGUUAACAUGCAAAUGGUGGUCCCCAGACCAUCUGGACUCAACUCCUCUGCAAUCUUGAGGUUCGUCUGUUCCUGUAGAUAAAACGUAGGUUAGCGAGAGCCUCUAGACCUUGUCCAAAAUCAUGUGCCACAAAAUGUGCCUCAUUGUAUCUGUUUGUGUCGAUUGUCUUGCAUGCUAAAGCCUGGUUCCCAUAUGGUUGUAACUAUCGUGAAGGGUUGCUUGCUUGCUUGCUUGCUUGCUUGCUUGCUUGCUUGCUUGCUUGCUUGCUUGCUUGCUUGCUUGCAAAUUUAUUUAACCACGCUGGCCAUACACAACAUAGUUGUAAAAUACAUUGUGUUGAUUUUCAGAUGGGGCGUGUUAUACUUACAAACUAUUUUAACUCAGAUUCUACUAGUCUCUGGUAUAGUGGACAUACUGCGUUUAAAUUGUUAAAGCGAAGAUGCCUUUUUCGCCUGAGAAGGAAGACUACUCCGCAGCAUUGCACCACUAUAUUUAAAACUUCGUUUAAGAUAGUUUGUUUUAGGUUUUGGAAGUGCUAGAUCAGUUUCAUUACUUCGAAGAUUAUAUUCUCUAUUAAUUAAAAUCUUUAAUUUUUAUAAAUUUUUCUCUAAGACUUGGAGCGGACUGCUCGUUAAGAAUUUUGUACAUCAAAACGCUCUUCAGCCUAUGACGUCUUACUUCGAGCGUAGACCAUUGCAGAUCCUCUAGUACAUUUGUGGUGAAUGAUUUUUAUCGGGACCUUUGCCCCCCUCCCCUGCGAAGGAGGCUACCCCCCUGAUUGACGCAAAGAUGUUGCCACGCUGUCGUUUUUCUGUCGCAACCAUGAAUGGGCGGAUUUACUAGGGGGGUUAGGGUGUUGACCCCCCUAGAAUCUCUCUAACCCCUCUUAUAAAGUGUUCAACCCCACCAAAAUUUUGCUUUACCUCUCCUACUUUGUGCGAAAGUCUUUAACCCUAACGUCUAACCCCUGGAAAUAGCUCGCUCAGUGGUGCAGCUUGCACCCCACUAGAAAUGUUUCCACCCAUCCUUUAAAAAAAAUGAAAAUCCGCCCUUGGUCGCAACUGUCGUCGAGAUAGAACUCGAGUCUAUCUCGACGACACUGUUGGAACUAUCGUGAACUGUUGCCAGCGUGUCGCGACAAGACUUUUCUUCAUGUUUCCAUUUGGUCGCGAACACUAUUCUGACGACACUUACAACAUGUUCGCAACAGUUACCACCAUAUGGAAACCAGGCUCUAGUCACCAGUUGUCACAACUAUCUUCGCUUAAUUUCAACAUAUUAAACUGUAUUAAGAUGCAUUUACUGUUUUACUUUAGCGUUAGCACCGGCAUUGAUACCGCUAUUCCUACACUCGAUUUUCAACCACUUGUUAACCAACAGUUAACUCUUACAUCGACAAUACCCGUAUGCUUCAACGUCACUAUAUUACAAGAUAUUAAUGUAGAGGGGAAUGAAACAUUUUCCGUGGUGUUGGCAACUUUAAACCCACGUGUACAAAUACCUGACAGAACGUCUUUGGUGGUUAUUGUAGAUGAUGGUAAUUAUAGUUAUAUUUGUUCAGCGAUCUCGAAAUACCUACUCGAAAUAUGUAAUGAUUGUGCAAUAAAGAAAUCAGAAUUCAGUUUUUACUAAGAACAUAUAAAUGAUAUAUGUUGUAUACACCUACAACUGUUUCUUGUAAAAGUGCAUUUCUAUAAUAUAGUCAAACUUGUAUUACUGUCGUCCCAAUUGAAGUGUUGCUCAAAUAUUGAUUCAAUACAUUACCUCGGGCUGACCAAUUCAUUUGAUCAAGUUCCUCGAGAUAUUCAUUCCAAGUAUUUGAUCAUUUCUGGUCACUUCCUUUCUAUUUAUGAUUGGUUAGUUGCACAAACAACAAAGGUGAUUGGUGCAUUCAAACUAUUCAACAGGAAGUUUACAAUUAUACUAGGAAGUGUAUGAAUAUCUCGAGGAACUUGAUCAAAUGAAUUGGUCAGCCCGAGGUAUUGUAUUGAAUCAGUAUUUAAGCAACACUUCAAUUGGAACGACAGUAACCCAUUGAGCACUAGCUCUCUCCCCUUGACGAAUAUAAUCGUCUGGCGUUAGACAGAGUAAAAUAAUACAGUAGGGUACAUUAGGGUGCAAUGCGACUUAAUGGGUUAAGUAGACACAUGGGCAGAUAGUCUGAUUAACCCAUUGAGCUCCAGCGCUCUCCCCUUGACGAUUAAAAUUAUUACAUUAGGGAACUAUGCAACUUAAUGGGUUAAACGGACACCCUUGGUGAUUUUUUUUGUCAACCGAAAAAAAUGAAUGUGUAUUGGAAACACAAUCUUCUGAAAAGGUAUGCUUGCAACUAUCUCUGACAAUGGUAUUUUUCCAAUAUUCUAGAUGUGAACGAAUGCACAGACCUGACUCAUGAUUGUCACCCUACUCGUGCUAUCUGCAGUGAUACAGAGGAGUCCUUCACAUGCACGUGUCUCCCAGGCUAUACAGGUGACGGACGUGCUUGCACAGGUAGGUAACAUCAAUGAUCCCAAAUUGCUACUGUGGUGAAAUUUCUCCACUUCAUGACAGUCCCUUCUUAGCGUAUUAUAGAAUCGGCCAACAGGCGAAGUAAACACUUUUCCUCACUGAGAAGAUUGGAACUGGGAAAUCUUUAUUCCACAACACUCUGCUUAGGACAGUGGCGAAGAUAGCAUGGAAUGCAAAAUCAUGCUAUUCAAAUUUUUAAUGAUUUGUAUUAUGCAAACCUUUAGAAAUGUAUUGUCUUGCAGGUUUAUUAGCAUAUAGCAUGAUCAGUUGGCAUGGCUAGCUUUGCCACCGGGUUUUAAAGCCAGAAAGUCAACACUUUGAUUUGGAAAUAUUUCCUGAACAAGUACGCUUGUAGCUGUUGAGGAAAAAUAGGCACGGACGCGAUAAAUGUGCGUUAUCUAGAAACAUUUGCGGGUCUGAGAAACGUCAUGAACAACAUAGUUAAACGAUCACUUUAUCAUGCAAAACUCUUAUUUAGAUAUUGAUGAAUGCAUGUUGAAUACACACACCUGUCAUGAGAAUGCGACCUGUGUCAAUACCAUUGGCUCUUAUGAGUGCGUAUGUAACCAAGGUUACACGGGUGAUGGGCGCAAUUGUGCAGGUAUGAACGAAAAUAUAAAAUAAUGCCUUGGGUAUAUGAAGAGCUGCAGUAUAUACUUAGGGCAUAUGAAGAGCUGCAGCAGAACGUUUAACAAACUAAUUUUAUAAUAAUAAUAUGUAAUUAAAAACAUUCAAUUUACAAGAUCUUUAGAAACACUGUUGAUAAGAAUUAGUCUAUCUGAAAUUAUUUUCCUAUUACCUAUACUAAUUAACUUUAUAUAUUAAUAAUAACAAACUAAUUAUAAUAAUAAUGUUGCACAUCCUUUCUAAAAUUAUUUAAAUGUCAUUAUUAUAUAAUCAUUUUUAUCACAGUUAUUUAUGAAGGAGAAAUUCAUUUCAGAGUAUUAAAACACUGUUAUCAAUAUGUGUCAUCCAUUACUGAAAGAUAAACACAAUUAUACAGAUAAAAAUGUUAAAAUAUGUAAAUAUUAUACCAAGAACUAAUGAGAAAAAUUAAACAACCGCUAUGUGAUAAAAUGACUCUUGCGCGAACUCUAGCCUUACUUUUGGAAUUUUCAAAAUGCCAUUCUUGUUUCUUAUCUUUCAGAUAUUUUCGAUUGCAACCCCGAACCAAACUCGUACCCAUGCCACAGAUUCUCUCUUUGUUUGGAUACCUUGGGAUCUUACAUCUGUUGGUGUCCAGCUGGUUUUGUUGGUGAUGGAUACAAUUUCUGUAAUGGUACGUUCUUAAUCAUGAGUAUACCGCAAAUUAUUUAGUCCCCCCCAUCUUUGACCCCCCCCCCCUCAAAAAAAAACAAAAUUUAAUGACACUCUGCGCUUGUCUCUUGUAAAGCCCCCUUCCCUUUGCAACAAUAAAAAAAUGCAUGUGCAGUGAUUACAUUUAUUAAUUUUUCUGCAAGUUCACGUAGUUGACCAUUUUGGUGGCACCAUGUUUUGUUUCGUCAUUAGAGAGGUUAAGAUACCCCGUUUGCGGGUAAUAUUAACGUACUCGUAAAUCGGGGAACGACUUGUAACUUAAGAAAUCCAAGAUAUUCCGGCGUGAGAAAACCGAUCAGAGAAUGGUAACUUUCGCUAUUGAGGUUCGCCAUAAAUUGUUGAAAACUUUGACGAGCAUAUGUGCAUUAUUUAUUUGGGUAAGACUGUUGAAAAUUUUUGCUAUUUAAACGGCCCACAAAUAAUAAACAGAAAACACCCGUACCCGUUUGUCUUUUACGUGUAGACCAUGGUUUACCGCGGGGGAACGGGUAGAAAUUACGGGUAAAAAUGCUGACAUCAGCAACAAAAGUUGGUAAACAAAAUGGCGAUACUCGUACCCGUAAACCGGAACCGGGGUAUCUUAACCUCUCUAUUAGUGUCAUUCACGACAUUCACAUGGCAGGACAACGUUCUUCUUAAAUUGCAUCCAUCAGAGUCAGGAAAAUAUCUCAUUGCUAAUUUUUUCGAGUUGAACUAUGUAUAUAUAUAUAUAUAUAUAUAUAUAUAUAUAUAUAUAUAUAUAUAUAUAUAUAUAUAUAUAUAUAUAUAUAUAUAUAUAUAUAUAUAUAUAUAUAUAUAUAUAUUUCAAAAACUCAUUAAUAAUUCAUGAAAGAAUUAUCCAAUCUUGAGUAAGAAAUUAGUCACGUGCGUACGUCUUUAUACCAGCUAAAGAACACUUUAACAAAAGACCAUUGUUAUGCAAACUAUAUAAAGAUUUUUAUAUAAAGAUUUUUAUAUAUAGAUUUGACCUAAUAAAACACUCCUGCUCGUUUUUUAAAUAGUACAUAACAGUUUUUCCAUAUUGAUAUAUAAUUAUAUCAACACUCGUGGAAGUUGGGAAAACUCGAAAUUGUACGAAAACACUCCGCCCUUGUUUCCAUACAAUUUCUCGUUUUCCCAAUUCCACUCGUGUUGAUAUAACUGUAUAUCAUGUACUAUAUACACUCUUAUUAUCAACCACAUCGUGAUGUUAUACCUCAUUUAUGCACGUAUAUACCUAUGAAGUUAUUUUUUUAUUGAUUCAUGUAGACACAAAUGAAUGCCUGUUGGGAACUCAUAAUUGCGCAAGUGUAGCAGCGUGUCAGAAUACUCGUGGAUCAUUCAUCUGUCAAUGUCCAGUCGGCUACUUCGGUGAUGGUACACAAUGUGUUGGUAUGUUGAACUCAACCGAUCUAUUAAUGGAGUGUAUUUUAGUUAAUUUAGACCGCGGUCAUUUCUGCUGAUUUCAUAACAUGGUUUCUACAGCACAAACUUACAUGUGCAUAUGAUCAAAUGCGCUUUACAUCAAGUUAAGUAUUUACGCUUACCGAAUUAGGGCUGUUUAUAUGGAAGCCGGGAUGGUCCGCAUAGCGAGACAGCCCGGUAAGCGGAAUGAAUUUCUCUGACCCCGCUUGCCCGGACAAUUUUGUUGUCUUGACAUUGUUUUGACAGUUGUUAUAAAUAGCUCACGGUAGCAUCUUUGAGCUUUCAUUCCGGCAACCAAGCCAGCCCGCUAGUGAGUGUUUAUAUGGAGAAAUAUUCAUCCCAGUAAGCGAGUUCUCGCCUCUUUUAACCGAGAUCUCUGCAACCGGGUCGGCCCGUCCUUAUAAACGCACGGUACUUAGAGCAAAACCAUAGAAAUAAUAGACAAUCUAAUAUUUGUAAUAUUUCUAUGAGCAAAUGGUCUAAUAUUUCUAUGAGCAAAACAAACACCGUGAAACUUUGUUAAUUUGUUAAUUAACCUGCAAAUAAAACAACAUGAGAAAAAUAUAAACAAUUGAAAGAUAUUUUCAUAGAUGUUAAUGAAUGUGUUCUUGGAACUGACCUUUGUGAUGAAGAUGCCAGGUGUAACAACACAGUUGGAUCAUACGAUUGUACUUGCAACCUUGGAUAUUCUGGAAAUGGCCGAGUUUGUAAUAGUAAGAGUUACUUUUCUUGUUUUUAUAGAUAAUAUAAAACAUUCAAUAAAACAUUGCACUAUAUAGGCCUAUAUGAUGAUGGACAAAGAUUAGCGGAAACUGCUUGUGACUAUAUCUGAUCAGAGAAUGUGUUCAAUGUUAAAUAAUCUGCUUGUCACGUGGUUUUGGUGAGGAAUGUCUGAAAAAAAUUAAGAAAACUUCGACGCUUUCGUGCAGAAAUGAAUUAAUUUAUCACUUACCAAUGCUUUUCAUGGUUGAAUAGUUUGCAGCUUUGUUGCACAUUUAGCCUACUCACCUACCAUUCAAAGGCGUUCAGCAAUUAUUUGGGUGGGAGGGCGUUUCAGUGUCCGCCUGCUGACGAAGAGAUUUUGUUCGAAACGUCGAAGGUUUCUUCAUGAUAUUUUCCAUGUUCACAGUUCUAGCCAAGAACUCUAAUGUUUACUGGAGAAUCCACCUAAAUUAGCCUUUCUCAAAUUUUUGGGUGGCUUUUCAGCCAAAGUCUGGGAGAUAAGUCCACAUAACAGCGACUUUUCAUAAUUUUUUUGACAAAUGGUGGUAAAUUUGCUUUGUCAAUGGUUAGUUUAUUUUGAAAAAUUGCUUUUCACAUUGUUUAAUUGUCUGCAUUGGUUAACGAGAAUUAGGUGCCACCCAAGAAUGGCGGAUAUUCGUCAUCGUGAGAAAGGCUAAUUGCGCCUCCACGUUUGAGGUAUUUAAACGCUGAUUAUAUAUAUCGCAGCCGUGUGUCUCGUCUGAGAAUGAAGAGAAUAAUAAUUUUAUAUACUAUAUCUAAAAUACAGUAUUUAUCAUUUUAGAUAUCAAUGAAUGCCUGACCAACCCAUGCGACGCGAACGCUAACUGUGUUGACUCAGAUGGUUCAUUCCAGUGUAUUUGUAACAGAGGUUUUACUGGAAAUGGCUUUACCUGUACAGGUAGGAUGGUUAAGUUUCAUUCUGUGAAGGACUUUAUCGAGGAUAGCUGAAGCUCUCAUCUAUAGUCUCUGUUUCAGGGGGUUUUUCUGGGCGUGACGUGACGGGUAUUUUUUCAUUUUAAAAACUUAAUUGUAACUACAAUCCUAACACUAAUGCAUAUUUUAACACGCAUUGUAACCUAAUCCACGUGUCAUUUUGCCCAAAUCAUUUUGAAUCUUAGAUUAUUACUUGAGUGAGGCAUCCAAUAUGUGAUGCAAAUCUUAAUAUUUGCCUAAAUCAAAUAUCUAAUCAAGUGAUCGGUUAUACAUGUUCCUUAUAUAUUAUUUUUUCCCAUUUUUUUAAUACUAACUCAAAAUGCUAAAAAUAAGUAAGCCAGAAAGUUAGUAUACUGUAUAUAUUUGCCCACGCCUCAAUCCAACAUUGACUGAUUAACAGCUAUACACUAUAACUUAUUGGAUUCUUCUGAGCCCAAUAUAGCAAAAUAUUAAGGCGAAACUUCAACAUUGGGUGAGACUGAAGAUUGAGUCCAAUAUUGAAGUCGAAUCAAUACGUUAUAGUGACUCAACCUCGUACCCAGGCUCUGAUAACCUGGUAUAGAAUGAAAGCAUUAAUAUGCCAAUCUUUUUCAGCGAAACGUCGAAGGUUUCUUCAUGAUAUUUUCCAUGUAUACAGUUCUAGCCAAGAACUCAAAUAUUUACUGGAGAAUCCACUUAAAUUAGCCUUUCUCGCAUUUUUUGGUGGCUUUUCAGCCAAAGUCUGCGAGAUAAGUCCACAUAACAGCGACUUUUUUAUAAUUUUUUAACAAAUGAUAGUAAAUUUGCUUUGCAAAUGGUUAGUUUAUUUUGAACAAUAGCUUUUCACAUUGUUUUAAAUGUCCGCAUUGGUUAACGAGAAUUAGGUGCCACCCAAGAAUGGCGGAUAUUCGUCAUCGUGAGAAAGGCUAAUUGCGCCUCCACGUUUGAGGUAUUUAAACGCUGAUUAUAUAUAUCGCACCCGCGUGUCUCGUCUGAGAAUGAAGAGAAUAAUAACAAUAAUUUUAUAUACUAUAUCUUAUAUAUUUAUCAUUUUAGAUAUCAAUGAAUGCCUGACCAACCCAUGCGACGCGAACGCUAACUGUGUUGACUCAGAUGGUUCAUUCCAGUGUAUUUGUAACAGCGGUUUUACUGGAAAUGGCUUUACCUGUACAGGUAGGGUGGUUAAAUUUCAUUCUGUGAAGGAUUUCAUCGAGGAUAGCUGAAGCUCUCAUCUAUAGUCUCUGUUUCAGGCGUUUUUUUGGGCGUGACGUGACUGGUAUAUUUUCAUUUUAAAAACUUAAUUGUAACUACAAUCCUAACACUGAUGCAUAUCUUAACACGCAUUGUUACCUGAGCCACGUGUCGUCAUUUUGCCCAAAUCAUUUUGUGGUCAUACCCCGGGUACCUAUGACUGUGUGUGUAAUACUGGUUUCUCCGGUGAUGGACAUAACUUCUGCAACGGUAUUUUUAUUUUUCCUAUUUCCUAUAAUAAUUCAUUUAAUGUCAUUCACACAGGGUGUUGUUGUCCAAAUCACCCAAGCCACUGAGGCUCGUAGUAGUCCUAAAAUGUUAGCAAGGGAGCCCCCCCCUCCCCUUUCCCGAACUGAGAGGAAAUUUUAACAAGGACCUGAUCCCCUCCUUCACCCCAUCCCCUCCACUACACCACUGCAUGCCCUAAGUCCAAAGAGUUAGUUUAAUUGUCGAGGAAGGAAAACUGAAGGACUCGAAGGAAAACCCUUGAAGCACAGGAGUAAACCAACCAAACUGCUUGCAGUACUAAUCUGCUUUCCGCCCUUAAUAUUCUAAAAAGACUUUUCUACCAGAGACGCGAGGGACAGCGUAUGCGUUUCUUUGCUUUUUAUUAAUAUAAAUUUACUUGAUUUUUUCGUUUUAUUUAACAGACGAUAACGAAUGCACUCUUGGAACAGAUAACUGCCAUGUAAAUGCAACUUGUAACAAUAAUCCUGGAUCAUUUAACUGCACGUGUCUGCCUGGAUUUGUUGGAAAUGGAGUUUCUUGUCAAAGUAAGGACAUUUAGCCUAAUUAUAGACCUCUUGCAAUUAUUGACCUCAUGGCAAAUUUUGAAUUUGCGUAUAGCUUAAUGCUAGGUUAAUAAAAUACUUCAAAGCUAUCUUCCCAACAGCUUGUUUAUAACAAUGGAAAUAUUUCUCUACAAAUCUUGUCUGGACUAAUAAAAGUGUUAUUUUAUGACGUUUUGAAACAAAAGGACGUGCGGAAAUACAACCAUGCAGGUUAAAUUUUAACAGUGGGUUAGCGCUGAUCCACUCACUCUCUGUUUUGAACAACCGGCCCCGCAGUCGUGGUUUGUUUCUAUAGUUGUACUCCAGUUGCCGUGCAUUAGGUCAUCCUAAGGUCAACUGCAAUAGCACAAGUAGCGAUAUUAAUUACAGAAUCAUUUUCAGAGAUAUGAAGAACUGUUUCAGUCUAUUACUCCAGCGAACAACGAUAAAUCCGUUGUCUCAUGCGGCAUUCGCCAACUCAUGAUCUGUGAUUGUUCAUCUUUCCCAGAACGUUGCCCUUCAGACUGUAUUUCUAGGACGGGAGACGACCACCGAACAACAGGUCCCAGAACUCCAGAUGAGUUUGAGAGAGUCAAACAAUAUCACGAGAGCUUCUCGCGACGUGAGAGUGCAAUGACGAAACCUUGUGUCGGCGCUAUGUGGUUUUAACCAUGACAGUUUUAAAGAAACGUUCAUUGGCGACUACAUGCAAACCAUAUUGUCUAUUUCUCAUGAGACACUAAUCUUUUGUUUUUUCCCUUCAGAUGACAAUGAAUGUGCAAGAACUGUUUGUCAUCAACAUGCUACUUGUACCGACACCAUUGGUUCCUUUAGAUGCGACUGUAACGCAGGCUUCAUGGGUGAUGGAAUAAUAUCUUGCCAAGGUAAAUAAUUGUCAUUGGUGAUCCUCCUCCAACACCAGAUUUUGGGCCCUUUCCCUAAAUCUUUCCAGCUGAAUCCCUGCUUUCCCGCUUGUCUCCAUACUCUUGGAAGGAAACUACAUAACCCUAAUCCUAUCCCUCCAAUUCUAACCUAAUGUUAACUGUGCACUAAAAUUAUUGUUCUGUCAUCUCGGGGCAUUUUUUGGGGAGUAUCCCAUAUUCGUGGUAGUGAUUUAUUAGGUUAAUAGUAUUGGCGAUGUUGGAUGGCGGGUGGUACAAAUUAUGUAAAUCUAACACCCUGGGGUGACUUUCUUAUAUGCUAGUUGCGCAAUGUUUUUCGCAAAUUAUAGUUAUCCUCGUGCAAAGUGACAAGAAAACUAAUCUGAACCACAUAUAGUCCUACAGUGCUAUGGAGCAUGCGCAAAACAAGUGCAUCACAAGCGUUAUUUUUGAAUGGUUACAUGUACCAGGGGCUUAUGAUUCCGAAAAGUAGUAACAAACUCAUGCAGCGAAUAUAUAAAGACAAAAAGAUAAUCAUACAUAUUUUAUUCCAAUAAGCAAGUUUAUAGGUGGGCAUCCGUUAAGUGUUUGAUAUGGUGGCCACACAUGCCCAUCAACUUUAAAAGUUUCUAUGACAUGUAUUUCCGCCAAACACAAGCAAUACAUAUAUAGCGAUCAAUUUAGUCACAGCUCAGAUAACUGUCUUACAUUUUACAGAUGACCACUAUAUGCUACAUUGCUUGUCCUACUUGGUGAAACCCACAAUUCUUGAUAAAUUACAACAGUAUUCUUAUAUUUUUUUCAGAUGUGAUAAAUUGUAUCCCAACAAGUUUCGACUGGCCGUGCCAUCAAAGAGCAAACUGUGUGGAUGAGCCUGUUGGAUCAUUUACUUGUACCUGCCGUGCUGGUUAUACUGGGGACGGAUUUACUUGCGACGGUAAGGAAAUCAAGCUAUCUUAUCUUGACCCACAUGUUGUUACAUACUUGUAGUUUUUAUGUAAUAUAUAAAAAGAGAAACCUUUACCUAUUUCCAAACACGUAGAAAUUUGAUUGAAAACGGGACGAAAGCCAAGUGUUUGGAAAUUUGAUGAUAAACUACUGAAAUAAAUACGUUGGGGGAGAAUUCGCCUCUAAAGUUGUUGUAAUCUAUGGGAGAUUUUAACCACUUUUACCUAAGUUUUCCUCAUGGAUCAUUUCAGUAAAUACGAAGCUAAAUCUAACAUGAUUUGUGAUUGGCUUCUUUAAACAGAAGUGAUCAGUGUUUGUGGUCCAUUCUAUAGAAUGUUUAUUCUUUUGUUUCAAUGUGUUUUAUUGUUGUAAUCAACCAAUCACAAAAUCUGCUAGUGUAUGGUGUAGUCGUUUGUACGGAACGCCAUAGCUGGUGAAUAAGAUCAACUUCUCCCCAACAUCAUUAUGCGGAUACGCCAUAACUUUUGCAUGCACUACCAAUCGUAAGGUAUUCGUAGAAAGACACAAAAACAAACUGUGACGCUUGUUACGUAGUAGUAAAACUUAUUGUAACGUUGUAUUGUAUUUUCAGACUUGAAUGAAUGUACUCUUGGGCUUCACAAUUGUAAUGCAACGAAUUCUGAAUGUGUUGACAUACCUGGAUCAUUCCGUUGUCAGUGCAAAGAUGGUUAUAUUCUAAUUGAUGAUACAUGUCAAGGUGAGAAAAUUAAACUUAC